CUGCAGGCCCUGGGCUCAGCCCAGGCAGCAGAACAGGGGAGAGAUGCUCUGCAGAGAUGGUGUAAUCUGAGGUAAACACACAGGGCAGGCUGCAGCCUGAUGCAAUGUGAGGGAGGAGGACGACGAGGAGGAGGAAGAGGAAUAGACAGGAGGAGUCACUCUGACUAUAAAGGAGACACACAAAGGAAAGAGAGAAAAACAACUCAGCACAGAGACAGUCAGAGAGACAGAGACACCGCUGCAGGAGACAGACCACACCUAACAGCCACACUCCCGGGAUAUCAGAGACCCCUCAGGACACAGCAGACAUGACCACCUCAUACGUACAAGCUGACAAGCUGCAGCCCACCGACUUCGAAGUGCGAUACUUCGACGACUACGAGUACUACAACCUCACCGACCGCUACGCCUUACCCACUGCUGCCAGGAAAGGCCGCACAAAGAAAGAAGCCAGUGACAACACCAACAGGGACAACCCCAGCGGCCACGAGAGGAAGAUUGUGGACAAGCUGCAGCGCAGCGAGGGCAAGAAAAAGGGCAAGGCCGGAAAAGAGUGAGGCUCAGGUUUCCUCUCCGGACGGCACCAGGGCACAGGAUAUAAUGGCAUGUGACAGACACAGAGAACUCGGAGAGCCUGGGAGGACGGGUGGAAGACUCUGCCCCCUACCAGGAACACACAGAGAAGAUGCUGGAGGGGGCUGGAUGUAGGCCAGCUGCAGAGCGUUGCAGAUCACACUGAGUGAGCGGGAGCUGCAGAGCAUUGCACUCUUUCUAGUAGCACGGAGCUGAUUAUUGCUCUGGUAAUGAUCUCCCGCCGGUGGUGUGGUUGCAGUGAUUCCUUAGUGAUUGGAUGGUUAUAUAGGGUGCGGCUCCAUUGACACACGCAUGGCUGUUAAGAAUGGAGGACACGUAACUAGAGGAAUAGUAAAUAAAGAUGUUUAUUGAACCAUU